AUGUUUAAGCUAGUCUACUUCAUGAUCAAGAAGGGCUUCACCUCUAGGAGGAAGCUCAUGCUCGACCUCCAGCUCCUCCUCAAGCGCAGCAAAAUCGCAGGAAAAGUCAUCGCCAACAUGUUAACCUUCAACAGCAUCGAUAAUUUCGAAUCCUGCAUCAGCCCACAAGGGGUCGAGUUCAGCUGCGGCAACACACCAUCAAACCCAACCUGCCAGCUCAAUAGGCGGAGGAAGCGCGACUCUAGUCAUGAAGUUGCUACGUCUGCUGCAAUUGCUAGAGCGUUUGAGAUUCUGAGCCAAGAGAGUUUUGACGCGGGACAACAUUCUGUUGUGCCUUCGCCUUCACCGGCGUCAAAAUGGAGUUUUGGGAGUACUCCGAGAAGAGUGAGGCGGAUUCGGGUAACGGAUUCGCCGUUUCCUAUUAAAGAAGAGGAGGAGGAGGAUGACGGUGGAGUCGAUAAACAGGCAGAGGAUUUUAUUAGAAGGUUUUACGAGCAAUUGCAGUUUCAACAAGGGAUGUAAUUCUUGGGGUUUAAACUGUUUUCUUGUAGCAAUGCGUGUGCAUCUGCGUAAGAAAGAUUUGAGAAUGUACUUUUAGUUUUUACUAUAUAAUUAAUAUCAUACCAUGAAUUAAUGCUUUAGUACAA